AGCAAAUUCCUGAGUACUCACAUGUCCAGUCUUUGAUGCCAAUACCUUCUUUCUCCAUUACUCCCUCUCUUGCUCUCACUCAACCACACAGCGACAAAACAUAGCCUGAUCAGAGAGAUUCUCACACGUACCCAUACACACACUCACAAACCACCAUGGUGAAGUGUCUGAUCCGGAUCAAGACGAAAGUCAACAUUCACCUGCGGAUGAUUAAUCACUGUUACCGGGAUGUGAAGGUGCGGGUACUGACGAUGGGCCCCAGACUUCUGGGUAACGUUUUGGGUGCUUUGCCCAUCAUACCCGCUCUACCAGAGUCAAGUAGCUCCUCAGGGAUUGGCCUCUCUCCAUAUGGACGAAGCCACAGAGCGCCAGACUUUUUAGGUGUUACCAGUCUCUCCGUGCCUGAGCACUCCGUCUCUAGUCCAGAGGGUAAAAAUGGGGAGGCAGAUUUUUCCGAAGGAUCCUAUAAGCCCACCAGUGACGAGUUACCCACACUAGAAUUAAAGAGCACACAUGACCAGGAGGUGAGGGAUCCAGAAUCAGUAUCCCCAACAGGAGGCACACUGGCCCACAGUUCAAGCCAGAAACCUAGUGAGAGGGCAUCUCAACUGGAUAAAACCAAAAUACAUGCUAGUGUUAUGGAAUCACACAAGGCUGGCAAGCUGAUUUCCAUGUUGGCACGGCUGGUCUUAGUGACGCUUGCUCUGCUUCUGGCUCUCCUCCUGCUUCUCAUUGCUCUAACAGAAUCUAAACUUGACGUGCCUUUUCUGAGAGACAUCCGCGAGACACCUGAAUUCCAGCAGCUCCACUACACCUACUUUUGUCCACUGAGGCGCUCACUAACCUGCUCAAUGAGAUGGAUAGGAAUCCAUCUCAUCAAGGAAUAAUGUAAUAAAGAGACUCCCUACAUUUUGGAUAUUAUAAUACCUUCAAAGUUGCUUUUUUUGUUUUUCACUAUUUAUAAUCACAUAUUGCUGAUGUGAUGCAACUUAUGCAGUAUUGAGCAAAAGUCUUCAGACACCUCACAUUUGUUCAUAUUAAACUUCCAAAGAGCCACAUUUAUGUAUAGUCUUGAAGAAUAGUUCUCCAGACUUCCUAAAGGCCAUUUUGUCUUUUAUUUUCGGUCCAGACCCCGUACACAACCAGUUAGACCAAUAAGAGGAACAUUUGUGUUUGUUAAGCCACACAGUGACCUAUGAAUCAUUUAAGCAUAUCUAACUUAAGGAAUGAACAAGUGAGAAAUUGGUGCAGAUGAUGACAGAUGAUCAGACUGGUGAUGUUGAAUGCUGAGCGAUUGGAUCAGAUAAGAAAUGAGGUUGCUGAUGAAGUUUUUAAAUAAACAUAAAUAAAUGUUAAAUUGCAUCUUUAAGCACUUUGCAGCCUGUUCCAAAACAUUUGUUCUCUUUUUUUAAGUUACUCUAUACAGUUUUAAUGUUAAAAUUUAACAUGAAGAAAUGAGAGGUGGCUCAAUACUUUU